AAUUCUGUGGUCUAUUUAACGCAUAUAUGUGUCGAGCAUUUGGAGAAAACUAAAGGAAAUAUAAUCAACAUCUCGAGUCUCGCGGGUAUGAGAACCUCUGUGGGCGGGUCCUCCUAUUGUGUGUCUAAGUGUGCUCUGGAUAUGUUCACAAAAUGUAUGGCCGCAGAGUUGGGACCCAAACGUAUUCGGGUUAAUGUGAUCAAUCCCGGACCCAUUAAGACCGGCUUUCUGACCGCUAUGGGUCUACCCAACGACGCGUCCGACAAGUUUCACGACGGAUACGCCAAAGGACUGCCUGUCGGCCGGUCUGGUAUUGGCGAGGAUGUGGCCGAUUCCAUACUAUACCUGGCCAGUGACCAUGCUGCUUUUGUCACCGGCACUAACCUGCUCUCGGAUGGUGGUGCCCUUGCCGCUAAUCACCUUACUUUUGAGUUUUAAGAUUUUUAAGUUAUAUAUCAUUUAUGUCACAAUUAUAUUAGUAUCAUGGUUU